AUGGCAGCGGCGGCAGAUCCGCAGGAUGCGAAGGCAGAGGAGGCAUCCGAUACCCCAACUCUCCGACUGGACUAUAAGCCCCCGCCCUACUUCAUCGACCAGGUGUCCCUAGACUUUGAUCUCGGAAGCGAGUUCACCACCGUCGCCUCCAAGCUGCACGUGGUGCCGAAUUAUCCCACUGGAACACCACCACCUGCAUUGAAGCUUGACGGUGCCCCCGAUGUGAGCCUUGACUCGAUCAAAGUUUCAGGGACAGACUGGCCGGCAGGUCAGUAUGCCGUCGACUCCCGAGGCCUCAAGAUCGAGGGACUGCCAUCAGGGGAGUUUGAGUUGGAGAUCUGUGUGAAAAUCAAGCCACAAGACAAUACCCUGUUGGAGGGCCUGUACAUGACCAGCGGGACGUUCUGCUCACAGUGCGAGGCAGAAGGAUUCCGUCACAUCACAUAUUUCCUGGACCGUCCUGAUGUGAUGUCGAAAUACCAUGUUCGCAUUGAAGCGUGCAAGGAAAAGUACCCUGUUCUAUUGUCAAAUGGCAACCUUGUGGAGAUGGGAGAUCUCGCUGAUGGCAGGCACUUCACUGUUUGGGAUGAUCCCUUCCCAAAACCUUGCUACCUGUUUGCCCUGGUAGCUGGGGAUUUGGCCAAGCAUGAAGAUAGCCACACCACCAAGUCAGGCAGGAAAGUGAAUCUGCGCAUCUUUGCACAGGCACACAACAUGCACAAGGUGGAGUUCGCCAUGCAGGCGCUCAAGCAUGCAAUGAAAUGGGACGAGGACACAUUUGGGCUGGAAUACGACUUGGACCUGUUCAAUAUUGUGGCCAUAGAUGACUUCAACAUGGGUGCCAUGGAAAAUAAAUCGCUGAACAUCUUCAACUCAGUGUGCAUAUUGGCCUCAGUGGACACCGCCACAGAUGGCAACUUUUUUACCAUCCAGGAGGUCGUGGGCCACGAGUACUUCCACAAUUGGACUGGCGAUCGCGUGACCUGCAGGGACUGGUUUCAGCUGACACUGAAGGAGGGCCUCACAGUCCACAGGGAGAGGGAGUUUGCUUCAGACAUGAACUCUCGCGCUGUGAAGCGUAUCAAGGAUGCAGACCUUGUGCGAUCGGACCAAUUUCCAGAAGAUGCUGGACCUAUGGCACACAGUGUGCGGCCAGAGUCGUACAUAAAGAUCGACAAUUUCUACACGUCGACAGUUUAUGAGAAGGGUGCCGAAGUCAUAAGAAUGUACCAGACUCUCCUUGGCAAGGAAGGAUUCCGGAAGGGCAUGGAUCUGUAUUUUCAGCGUCACGAUGGCCAUGCAGUUACCUGUGACGAUUUCUUGGCGGCGAUGGCAGACGCGAAUGGCAAAGACCUCACGUCAUUUGCUAAGUGGUACUCCCAGGCUGGCACGCCUGUUCUGACGGUCACUCCCUGCUACAGUGAGGCAGACAAGACCCUCACGCUGAAAAUGAAGCAGGUCGUGCCGCCUACGCCUGGCCAGCCCACGAAGGAGCCAAUGCUGAUUCCAGUAUCUGUGGGCCUCCUCUCUGCAGAUGGGAGUGAUCUACCUCUGAAACUCCAG